GUCGCUACGCAAUUCUUGGCUAUGGGCUUUCGAGUUUACCCUAGUCACCCUACUGCUCUGCUAUUCAACCCUUGAUUGCAUGUCACCAGAGUCAGAGUCUAGAGGUGCCACUUGUCCACAGGAUGAUGGGAAUCAAGACGACAGCAUAUCUACUACGUCAUGUGAUCCAUUACACACCCAAGGAGGUCUAGUCACGCGAACUAGAGCUAAGAAGAUGCGUGAAGCUUUAAAUGGCCUUACUGAGCAGAUCUGGGUUGAAAACAACAUACAACAAGCAAAUCGAAGCUUGGAUGAUUAUCAAGGCAUGAUAAACAUCAUUCAGGUUCAAGAGAAGCUUAAUAGAGGGGCUUGUAACCCUAAUUGGGGAGGCGAUUGAAUCUGAGAUUUUGAGAAACUUUUCUCUUUGGUUCGUUUCAGAACUUUACAGAACUUAUCAAGAUUAUUCUUGUGGCGUUCUAACCUGACUUAUCAUUCUCGUUCUUAAUCGUUCGAGGGUGUGGCGUCAACUAACUUUGUACCUCUGGUUCUUGUUGCAUCAUAGACAACGGGUCAAGGAACCUUUGGUUCUUGUUGCAACAUAAACAACGGGUCAAGGUCCUAUUAUAAACCUGAUUUAGCUUU